UAUCGUAAAGUUAUUUAAAUAAAAGCAUAAAUACGACACAACUUGUAUCAGUCGCGAAAAUGAAGUUUGCAAUAGUUAUUAUCCUUACGAUUGUCGGGUUAUCGUCUGCCGCCAAUAUUUUAGGUUUUUUCACGAUACCUGCGAAAAGCCAUCACCGCACUCUCUACCCGAUAUUCGAGGCGCUAGCCGCCAAAGGGCACAACGUCACCGUAGUCACGGCCUACCCCAAAAACGAGAGGCUUGAAAAUUUUCGGGAAAUCGACGUAUCCUUCACAAUCGACAUUCAUUUCGACUUGGCGAAAAAGUACUUCACCAGGCUGCCAGCUGACACUUACUUCUUCGAGAUCAUCUACAAUUGGUUGACGAUUAUAUCCGAUACCCUGGAUAAAGUGAUCGAGCUGGAUGAAAUAAAAGAUCUUUUGAAAGGGCAUUUUGACGCUAUUAUAGUGGAAAAUGUCACGCCGCUCACGUAUUUUAUGGGAAUUGUUAAUAAAGCUCCAAUUAUCGGGAUGUCUUCGGUAAAAGGCUGGAUAAACGCACACGACGCGUUGGGGAAUCCCCUCCACCCGGUCCUAUCGCCGAAUUUUUUCCUGAAAUCAGGCGACAACCCCUCGUUCUUGGAAAGACUAACAAGCACGAUGUACUACGUGACCUACCGGUUGCUGUAUCGCUACUAUGAGAUGCCGAGAAGUACCAAAAUUGCUAGAAAGCACUUCGGAGAUGACAUACCUCAUUUGGGAGACAUCGAGAGAAAUAUGAGUCUGGCUCUUUUCAUCAGUAACUGGGUGCAAAACGAGAUCAAACCUACCGUGCCCAGUGUCGUGGACAUUAACAUGAUUCAUAUAAAGCCGAAUAAAUUUUUGGAUGGCUCUCCGCAGGGUGUGAUAUAUUUCAGCAUGGGGACAUACGGGAUGACUUACACCGUUACCCAACAGAAAAUGUCAAUCUUCAAAGAAGUAUUCGCAUCCCUGCCAUACAGAGUCAUAUGGAAAACAGACAUGAUACAAGAAAUGCCAAGCAACGUGUUGGCAAAAAAUUGGUUUCCUCAAAACGACAUUCUAGCCCAUCCCAACGUGAAAGCUUUUAUAACGCAAGGGGGUUCGCAUUCGAUUGAAGAAGCCAUAUUUAACGCCAUACCUUUGGUGGUUUUUCCGGUGGUGAUAGACCAAGAGCAGAAUGCCAAACGAAUUGUGCACAAGGGGAUGGGGCUCAACCUUGAUAUAAUGGAGGUUUCGAAUAGAACUUUGAGAGAGAGUAUUGUUGAAGUUGCAGAAAAUAAAAGGUACAAAAAAACAGCUUUAAAAUUAAGCAAAAUUCUUAAGGAUCAGCCUAUGAUGGGCGUGGAAAAAGCUGUUUGGUGGGUUGAAUACGUCAUAAGACACAAUGGGGCACAUCAUUUGAGAAGCGGUUUUGUUGAUAUGCCGUUUUAUCAAUACUAUUUAUUGGAUGUUAUGGGAUUUAUCUUAUUAAGUACAUUAUUGUUUAUAAUUGGGGUCUACAAACUAAUGAACUUUUUUGUAAAUGAAAGAAUUGCAAAUAAACUUAAGACUCAAUAA